AAUUCCACCUCACCUGCUACAAAUUUGGGAUGGGCUAAGAUUCAUUUUAUUGCAUCUAUGUUCUUUUCUAAGGGGAAGUGCAGCCGUGGCCUUUUUUUCGUUUUUCUCAGUCCUUUUCUUUUGGUUUAAUGUAAAGAGCGACGGUUAACACUUUGAUAUGUAUCCAUGGUCAAAAACGAAACGACUGCUUAUUUGCAAGUUUGCAACACGGUCUUUCCGACUGCAUGUGGCUGAGCAGAAUCAACAGGCAGAGCUCGCCGCUGCCAUGGAGACGGCCGUUUGUACGACAUCCUCACUGCGCUUCUGACCAAAGAUCUUUGGUGGAGACCGACCGGCCGAGAGGCAGCCGCACCACCACCAUGAUGGAGAUAGUGGGCUGAGUGACAGCCUCAUCGCCGCGGCCGGCGACAGCGCCGAACAAGAGUGGCUUCAGCAGAGUGGAGCAGAGAAAAUCCUGUAAUGGAGUCGGGUCAGGACCAGGCUGAUGGGCUACAAAGUAGGAAGGAUGACUUAAUUAAUUUCAGCAUCCCUGUGGAUUAUUCUGUCGAUUGUACAAGAAAUCAAAGCGAAAGGUUACAGGCAAAUGACCCUUUAGAACUAUUGCAUGGUGGGACUGUGGAUACCCAUUACAGCAUGUGUAGUAAGAACACACCCGGUGACUUAGAGACCAACACUGUACCACAGACUGACAAGGUUCACCUGGACGAUGCCAUCUCAAGUACUACAGUCACUGUCUCUUAUGUUAAUCGGUCCCACCUGUUCUCUUCCCAACGGAUUCUACAGCAUUCCUUGCAUGAGCAGCCAUUGCCAUCACUCUUUAUUCCUUCUAUGUGUAUGCAGUCACAGCAGAUGUUGUCAGCCUCAUUUGAUUCUUCUGCACCUACCAAUUUUGUUGACUCGACAUUUGAGACUUCUGUUUUAGCACAAUCUGGUGAAUUAGAAUCCAUUAGAGGACUUGAAAACGGAAUUGACUGCAGCACUGUGAACCAGCAUAGACUAAAGGCACUGGACCUAGACUUGCCUUUAGUGGCGACCACUGUCCAUGAAUCAGAUAAUCCACUAGAACAAAGAUUAAAUACGACAGAGGAAAUUCUGUAUGAACAUUCUAGUGCUUCGUCUGAUAUUGAAAUGCAGGACUCUGUAUGUGAGUUUUCUGGAGAAAUGGGUGAGGAAAGUAAAUGGAUUGACUCUGUAAGUUCUGCUGAAACUCUUGUUCAAAACUUAGAAAUGCAGGUAAUGAAACUGACUCAGUCAGAGCACAGACCAAACAACAGUGAACAGUGUGAAAGCAAAAACCUGCUGGGCAGGAUGGACCACUCUGAAAUGCAAAAUGGUACUAAUGUUUUUACUGGGAUUAAAACCUCUAGCAGCCAACAUACAGAUAGGAAGCUUCAGCCCAUGUGCAACUUAAACAAAAGUUACAAAGAUCAGACCACAAUGACAAUAAAAACAGAAAAUAUUGAAUUUUCGGAGGCAGCAGUACCAGCUAAUUCCGAAGAAAGGCUAAGUGGAGACAAUUUUAAUGAAACAUGUCCAAAAGUGGAACCACCUUCCACUUCCAUGCAAUCGUCACAAAGUUUAAGUGCAGAUAAUUACAAGAGGGCAGACACAGAAAGGAUCGGGACCAACACAACAUCAGGUUACAAAGUGGCUCCCAAUGCAUGCAGCAGUGAUUUCUUGCAAAAUUCAGAAGAAAUUAUAUGUACUUCAGGUAGCAAUGCAAUCUUUCAAACUGAUAAUUUAUCACAACAAAGUAUAACAAUUGAAGAAUGUUUGCAUGUGCAAGAAAUAGCUUUAUCAUUUGACCUAAAUAAUGAAGAACUGUAUUGUUCAGGAAAGGAUGGCAUAGCCACUGAAAAUAGCAGUGCCUUGCAGGCCAGCUGCAGCUCCACAGAUGAUAUAUUUUCUCCAUCCAGUGGAAAUCUGGCAUCAAACAUUAAAGUAACUGAACAGUCUCCAUAUCAUGAAAGCAAUUAUAGAAAAUCACCAGAACAAACUUCUGCUAAUGACACAAAUGAUAACAUCCUAAUGGGUGAACCAAAUUUGAUCCCUGAAUCGUUGCAGAUAGUUAACAAUGUACAUGCGACCAGCAGAAAUUCAGGCUCAUUCAAUAAAGAAAUGCUUCCUUCCUUGGCAAAGCCAUCAGCUUUAGAAAGUAGUCAUCCUAGGAUAAAGCCGUGCUCUCUUGAAUUGCAUAAACUAAAUGUUCUUGAAACUGAGGGAAAAUACGAUGUCCGGGGAUACGUGUUAGAUCUGAAAAGAAAUAACGUUGCUUCAAUGUCAUGCAGCAUUUCUAUGAGUCUAUCUUUAUCCAAGUCGGGCAAGAGUAUUCAUGAAGAGGAGGCAGAACCUGGUGAGAGCUCCAGUAGUGAUAAUGUAUGUAAGGUCUUGUCUGUCCAGACAGAGCAGCAAAUUCCAAACAGGAGAAAACAGACCAUUGUGGCCAAGUAUGAGGACAGUGAAGUAGUUUACAUCUCGGAUGAGGAAGUUAUUAUUUGUUCAGAUGCAAAGACUGAUGAUCAACAGGACUGGAACCGGCCUCCAGUUCGGGAUAAUAAGAAGAGGAAGAUGGCAUGUCAACAGCAUUUGAAUCAGACAAAUGAAGACCGGCCACUCCAGAAUGCCGAACCCAAGCCUUUUGAAAGGAAGAUUUUGCCACCGAGGCAGAGGGGAAUGAAACUGGAGCAAAUUGUGCAAAAUAUGGUCACUCAACCCAAGUCAAAAGCACCUAAUAACCUUGGUGAGAGACUGAGAAGAAGUAGGGAUGGGCCAAUUCCUACUCCUACCAGGUUUCAACCACCGAGGCGCAAGUCAUCUGGUUCUGUGGCAGAACAUAAGUCCAAAGGCUGUUCUGGAUCUCUUCCUUGCAUCAAGGAUUCUUCACAAAAAAUGAGUUUAGAAUGUAAAAUGCAAGAACAAUAUGAGGCAAACCCAGGGGAAACUAGCUCACCAACUGUGGAGAAACCUAACAGAAAUAAAUCUACCUCAAUUCCAGCAUCCUGCCACGGACGAGCAACAAAACUGACCACUCCAGUUUCUUCCGGCAAGUCUUUAUGCAAUGCAUCUUCAUCUUCAAAGAAGUCAAUGGAGCCUCAUCGGGAUGAGCAUACUUCUAGUGAAAAGCAUAGGUUUGGUGAGCCUGAUCUCAAAUGUCUAAAUGGUAACAGAAGGAAACAUUCAAGAAGCUCCAGGAAUGCCUCAGAGUCCAAGAACUGUGUGUCAUCCCGGCCACGAUCUUCCCAGCCAACAACACGGCACACAGUAAGGAAGAGAACACAUAAAUCAGCAGGUAAAAAGCGGCAGUCACAGCGGGGACAGCCUUCAAUGUUCUUUGCACCAGAAGAACCUGAGAUAAAAUUAAGAGCCUUGUCUCUUAAGGCUGAGGACCGUCGAGAAAGAUAUAAUAGUUUUUCACCUUAUGUUAGGGUAGAGUCUAAAGAUUAUUCAAUGUGUACAGUAGUAAACUAUCCCGAAGAGGAUAAUAAUAAUCUUAAACAAAAGAAACAUUCCUAUCAGCAGUCUCAUGGUGCAAUUCCAAAAUCAUCUUGUUUGACACUAGGCCCUGUAAUAAAUGAGGCGGCUCAUAAAAACUUUCUAGUCUGCUGUCUUUGUGGCUUGUCUGCAAAUGCAAUGGAGCAAGGUGAUCUUUUUGGACCUUUCUAUCCGAGGGGAUAUACAUCAAACAACCAGACUUCCCGAUCAAAAGAAGCAAAGACUGAGCAAAUUAGCACUGUUGUCUCUGGCUCUACUUGUAAUUCCAUUAGGAUUGCAGUAAAUAAAACUUCUGGACAAAACCAAGAGUCGAGGAUGAGAGAAGGCGCAACGACUCGUGGCCAGAAACGUAGAAGUGUUGAUGGUGUCGAAGAGACCUCAAAAUGUUCAGAAAGUAAGAAGGCCAAGAGUGAGCCAACUUUGGAAGAGUGGUACCAGCCCCCAUUGGUCGCAAUGGAUGCUAAUGAAUAUUGGAUGCAUGAAAACUGUGUGACUUGGUGUGCUGGUGUAUUUCUUGUAAGAGGGAAGUUAUAUGGGUUGUUGGAAGCUAUCAACAUUGCACAGGAGACGUUCUGUUCCAUGUGUCAGAAGACUGGUGCCACUUUAGGCUGCUACAUUAAAGGAUGCCCUCUUAAGUACCACUAUGCCUGUGCUUUAGAUAGUAAAUGUUCCCUCAAUGAAGAUAAUUUCUCAAUGAAAUGUGCAAAACAUAAGGACAAAGUUCUGAAAGUUUCAACAAGGAUGGAAAGCAGGUGACAAUGAUGCUGCAAUUCAGUUUGGCUGAGCUGUGGUUCUUCACAGAUUGCUUGGAGAUGGAUGUGCUAUGUUGUGAAAAACAAUUCGGCUCCUACCUGUUACCUUCACAGUAAAGCAAAUUGGAGAUAUUGAAAGAAAGCACUGUGGUCUUCCAUGUCAUUUAUUACAGCUGUUGGUUAAGUAGAAUGAGUUAAAUGUUCAUGGUACUUCCAAGACUGUGUGUCAAGAUAUGUUAAAAUGAUUCAGUUCUCCCAAAUGUUAACAAGGCUGUUAUGAUGGGGAUGUGGGUUUGGGGGGUGGGCAAGGGAUGGGCGCGGGGGGGGCGGGGUUGGUUGGCGGGGGAAUGUGUUUCUCUGCAGUGUCUAAACUUUAUACCCAAAUUUCAAUGCAUCCGCUACAUUUUUCGAAAGGAGCUGCAACAGAUUUAUGUAUGUUUGGUAAACACAAAACUCUUAUUCUUGAUAGUGAUUGAGUUGUGCAGGUGUGAAAACAGAAAAUGAUCUAGGCAUGCAGUUUGAUACCACAAUUAUCUAGAUGGUUCUUCCUUGUGCAUUGACGGCCUUAAAAAAUAUUAGUGUUUAGUAACUCGUCAUUAGUUGUGUGUACAUUUUGGUGUCAUUCUCAAAUGUGCAUGCAGUGAACAGCACUUAAUUCCAACUGCAAAACCUCAAUUUCUCUGGGUCCUUUAAAGAUAUGAUAAUCUAUUUGACGAGCCAUAUAGCGUUGUAACACUGCCCUACUGAAAUAAUCAAUCUUAGAUGGGUGUAUAUAUUGGAAAUUAGCUGGACCCAGUGUAGCCAAGUGAGAACCAAACGGCAGCCAUGCAUUCAAAUAAUGUUGAAUUGUUUAUUGAUACAAAACACCACCUUUUCUAUAGCCAUGGAAUAAACAGGGUCAAAAAUGAUUUGCUUAUUCUGUUCCUCCCAUUCUGAAGUUACAAAUCGCUAACAUAAAAUUCAUGAUUUUGACAUUUGCUGCAGAAGUUAAUAGUGUUAUUAGUUCAAAUAGUCAAGCACACAUUAUCCCUUGAGUCUCCCCACAAGAGUUUACUUGUUUACAGUGGCUUUACAAUUCUGCUGUAAAUAAUACUCACAGUAUUCCCCUUUUGUAAAGGGAGAAAUGUUAUACUGCUCCUAUUUUUCACAUCCACAUUAUUUUACUAUUUUUCAAAUUGAUUGGCUGUGAUAAUCAUUUAUAAAGCUACAGUUCUUUUAACGGGUUAAUUGGUCUACAUUUUUAAAACAAAAGUCCUUUUUUCAUGUUUACAAAUUUUGCAGCACACUCCCACCAUACUACACAGCUGAGUGGGUUUGACCUCUGAUAUGGAAUUGAUCUAACAAUCUUUUUUGAAAAAGAAAAAAGGAACAUUUCAUACCAUCACUCCAGCUCGAGUUACAAAUGGACUCUGGUUAGUUUUGCGCAUCUGCCCUAGGCCUUCCAGUGUGGCUGAGCCCAAAGGACCACUGUGACACAGGCUUUGUUAUAUUUAAUAAAUCUGGGUUAGAGGAGAACCAUAAUGGAUUUCUGUUUUUUAAAAUAAAAGGUAAAAGGCCAGACAAGAGGGAUACAACAGUACAAAUGCCACAUAAAUAUAUAUAGAUAGAUAUUUAUUUUUUAAAUUACCUGUACCAAGUACUUUUCUAACUCCAUUAAAUUUAAUGACUCCUUAUGCAUCAUUCAGUAAUAUGUACAGUCCAACUCUGAAGCUUUUCAUCCUGCAGGAGUUAUCACUGCUACCUCUUUGGAAAAUUCUUAAUUCAGAUGUAUGGAACCAGUUAUUUCAUUAUUCAUCCAAAACUUUAAAAGUUAGAGAGUAGUUCCUAACUCUCGCCAAGCAUUUGAUGGUCUUGCAGGAUCCUUACACAUUUUCUGUCUGAUUUUAGUGAAUAUAAUUUUAUUUCUUCAGCCAACAAGUGCUGUGCUGUUUGCAUAAACCUUUCAUUUCAGUUAGCUCUCCGAAAGUUUUAUGUCCAAAAUAAAGGCAGAUAAAAGGUUUGUUUAAUCCUUGGAUUAUUUGUUUGCUGCAGAGUUUUAGUUUACCGAAAUAACAUUUCUACAUACUUUAUCCUCAGUAAGUCUGCACCAUGAGCCAUGAAAGGUUUCGAUAUCCCCGCUGUUCUCAGCUGAAGCAUGUGUCCCUAGGUUAAGGAGGGGGAAAUAAAUAAAUCAUAUUUUUCACUCUAAUUUCUGUUGCAGAUGUGGACUGCCAACUUAUCAAUUGGCACCUUAUAAGGACACAUAUGCUAAGAGUGUAUAUAACUGGAGGGCAGGUGAUGUCUGUGGAAUUAGUUCCAUUGGCCCAAAAGCAAAAGGUGAAUGGUGGGAAUGUAAAAGAAAAACAGAUGAUGCUGAAUAUGUUCAGCAACUUGGAAAGAAAAUGUUCAGCAACUUGGAAAGCACCAGUGAAUAGAGAAACAGAGUCAAUGCUUAAAGUUGAUGAACUUUCAUCAGCACUACUCAUUGCAGGGACGAAAGGAGGCAUUUUAAGAGAAAACAACACCCAAUUCUCAGCUCACGGGUCUGAUUUCCAGUCUGGUAAGUUAUAGACUAUCUGUCAGUGGAGCGCUGCUGAGAAAGAAAGCAAAAGUUAAUAUGCCAUUUUUCAACAGCUGGCUAAUUAGGCACUGUUGUGUAGUUAGCAGAAAUGCACUUAUCAAACUAUUGCAAAAAGCUUGUUGAUUGAAGCAACCUGAUUCAACGGUGAAUGUUCUUGAAUAAGUACCGUCAGCUCAUUACAUCACUGCAGUGGGUUGGAUCGUAAAAGACAAUAGUUUGUAAAUUUUGUCAGUCAACUGAAAAGGUGAUUAUUGUUUUCUUUCUUCAGUGUAAUUGUACCCUUUAUGGUUCAGUAUUGAGUUUGGUCGAAAAACAGAAGCAUGUUAUGUCUUUUAAUUGUACCCAAUCAGCUGAUGAAUGCCAAGAACAACGAAAUCAAACUAUUUUUCUGUUUUUUUUACAAUCCGUUCCAAUAUCUCAUUUCCUUAAUACGUUGCUCAAUGUUGCUGAUCAUUCAUUCAAAGAUUGUUGUAAGUCAUUUAAGGGCCUGUCCCACUUUUACGACCUAAUUCACGACCUUUUUUACUCGUGGACAUUUUUCAUCAGGCGAGAAAAACGCCCCGACCUACUUGAUGCCACAAGUACCUACGACUAGCAUCACGACCUAGCUACGACCUCAUGACGACCAUGCUUGCGAGUAUGAAUCAAGGGCAAACACGGCAGAGGUCGUGAAAGUGGGACAGGCCCUUUACGUUUUGUGGAGUAUUUUGUGGUGGCUCAGCUUUUUGUAAGUUACUGCAAAUGUUAUUCAGUAAAUGUUAUUCCACGCCUACCUUUUACUGGCUUUUCUUGCAUAUUCUCCAUUUUCCCCUUCCCUCUGCAUGUGAUCCAGCCUAUCUAAGCAUUCCACAGAUAAACACAUGGCUAGACAGAUUGAUCCCAGGCACUCUCCAAAUAAUUUCAUGAGCAGUAUCCUCUGUGUUCCAGAGACCUGUUAAAUCUCAGUGGCAUCAUUGUUUCCUUCCUCUUAAGGUCAACUGCAAAUUUCUGCCUGGAUCUGAAACAAAGUCAGUUAAAUGUGUUAAAUCAUGCAAACAUCAAUGUCAUAUUCUUUGUUACCACUUUCUUGGCCCUGAUUUAUUUUAUUACUGCACAGUAAAUUUCUACCCUUCGGCACUGGGAAUGAAGGCCUUCCAAUUGCUGUAUGACAAAUGUGGGGGCCUGCAGAUUGCACACAAAAAUGGUGGUGUAAGAGAUUGUGGGGUGGGAGGGAACGUGGUUUGGUAGACAGUGUGCUUUUUCCACUGUUUCUGAGCACUGCAGAGGCAGGCACUAGAGGAUCUGUAACGCCCCAUGUACACCUUCUGUUGUGGGCUCAGGCCAGAGAAUCCCAGCAGGUGGGAAGCAUGUCGUAUUUUUAUUUGAGGAGAUUUGAGAACAUCCUUGUAUCUCUUCCUCUAUUCAGUUAAUAAUCUCUUCCCACAUCUAUGUUUGGUAUCAGGUAUCUGGUGUUGGGCAUGUGAAUGAUGUGGCUGCAUAGCUCGGUGUAAUCACUACCUUGGGCAUGGGAGAGAAUGGUUGUAUUGAUUCACUUAUUCUGCCAAUGGAUUGGAGUAUUUUGCAGAAGUAGCAUUGAUGACCUCUCCAGUGCUUUGAGAUCCAUGGUGUAGUUAAUUGAAAUCCUAGAAAAAUAUGAGCAGGCAGCGAUUUCUUCUGGUCGAAAGACCACGUGUUUUAUUCAGCGUCUUAGUGUUUUUCACAGGUGACAAAACUCUUCUCUGGCUUACCGAUAAUGGUUCCCAAGAUAGGAAUGAUUCAUGUUUUUCAGAGGCAACAUGUUUAUGCUUUGAGUGAUCUACAGUAGAAGAAGUAUUUUGAGGGACCAAUCUAAUUCCUGCCUGAGCCUCUGCCGAUUUUUCUGUAUUUCCCAGCAGGUAUGUCUAGACAGUGAUCAGGAGUAAGAAUCUUUGGAACUAUUGCAUUGUCCAAACUAAAUGAAACAAAUCUCCCAUGAAACAUGGAAACUGUCCCUCUAAACCUUUCCUAUCCAUGUGCCUGUUCAAAUGUUUUUUAAAUGUUAUGUACUUGCCCUAACUACUUCCUCUAACAGCUCACUGCCCUCUGGGUGGAAAAAAGAUGCCCUAGUUUCUCAUUUUUACCAACUGUAAGCUAUCUCAUUUUCCCUUUUGCUCUCAUACUUAAUGUAGUGUGGUUAACAAACAAUGAUUACCGUGGGGAAUAAAGCCUGCCUACUUCUCAAUAAAGUGUGCAAACGUGGAAUCAUAGUGAACUGAGGAAGCAGGAAAUAGUUCCAUCCAGAUGUAAUCUCUCCGUUACACACUGGAGUCUUAGAAAUGUUAGUUGCACAAAUGGACUAUUUGCUAAUGUAGCUACAAAAGAUUGGGACAGCCCUUCGAGAAUAUAUCAAAGAAAUCAGAACAGCUGAGUUUAGUCGGCUAUUUUCUGUAGUAUCCAGUAGUCUACAUUUUUUACCAGGACUAAUGCCAAAACUGAGCAGCAACAUUUAAUUGGCUUGAAAGGAAACUCUUCAGUUGUUAAUUGAGUAGUUUCAGAUUUCAGUUUUAAUCCAUUUCUAUUCUAAAAGAUUUUUUUAAUGUUCCUCAACUGUGUUUAACCAGCAACAGCGCAAUAGAGUUGUAUCUGGUAGUGGUUUGGUAGCGCCAUUCUACAAUAUACAAUAAGCUGUUUACCUAAUUUAAUGGUAACGGGGCCUUUCAUUAAGUUUUCAUUUUUGAUUCUUAGACUAGAAAUUGAUACAGCCAUGUGUAAUGUGAAGCAAGCAUCCUCGAUACUGAUCUUACAAUUAUUCAGCCAUGUUUAUCAUUUGGGCAGAUUCUUUACAAGAAUGUUGAAUUCCAUCUAAAUAUGGAUAUGUUUCCACAGUGAAGGAUGGAAUUGAGUAAACUCAAAUGAAAAUGAACCAUCUGUAUUGAUUAGCUAUUAGCCGAUACAAACCAAAACUGGAUAUUGCUACAUGUGACCAGAAAGGACUGAAGUAGCUGCAUGUCUGAGUUCUGCAGGUUUGGGCACUAAUUUCCACCGCAGAUCACAUCAACACCAGAGUUCAAGUCAAAUCGGACAAAUGUGUUUACCCAAGGUUGCCGCAACCAUCUGUUUUUGUAUAGAAGCUUGGUGAAAAACGCUUGGCUUGUGGGCUGCAAGUUACUGCUUUUUCCUAUUAGUGUUUUUUUGUACCAGCCACUGAUUCUCUGCUGAACUGUGAGUUUUAUAUGUAUGUUAUAUAUAACACCUUUUCAUUUUGGCUGCAAGAGUUUUAUGUGCUUGUUGUAUUUUAUUUUUAAAUUCAGCCUUAAAUGCGAGUGGUACCUCAUGUCAUUUCUGUACAUUUCUUCCCAUAAAUAAAGAUGAACAAGUUUUGGAAAUAA